GAGUGCUGGAGCCCAUCAGUUGGUCUCACGUGGCCAUGGAGGAGCUUGGCUACUGGCAAGUUGGUAUUCGAGCCAUUCGCAUUGCUGGAGAAGUGGUUGAGGCCUGCGCGGAUGGCACGUGCCGUGGAGUCUUGGACACAGGCACCUCGCACUUGGGCGUACCCUCGCCCUACGACAAGGAGUUCGAAAAGCGAUUGCAAACCAAUGCUGGGGAGCUCUUGGAUUGCCGCAACGCUGAUGCGCCCACACUGGAGAUUGAGCUGUGGGAGGGCAAGAUCAUCACCUUGUAUCCCUUCAACUACAUGCGGCGCUUACCCUUGCGCGAUGGCAUCACCGUGGGCUCCAACGAAGGCGUUCGCGCGAAAAGUGAGAUCGCGCCAGUCAGCAACGCAGGACAGUCUGAAGUCAUGAAUGACACAGAAGCGGUGAGCCGACGAUGUAGUCCGCGUCUCAUGUCAGUGAAGUUGCCGGAACCGUUAGGUCCCAAACUCUUCAUCCUUGGAGAGCCUGUGCUACAUCGUUACUACACCGUCUACGACUGGGAAAAGAAAAAGGUUGGCUUUAGCCUGGCGAACAGCCACCGAAAUUCCGUGGACCCUGCAGAAUUGCGAGGGCAGAAGGGCCAAUUGCCUCAAGAGGUCGACAUGCUUCUUAUGCAGAAGACCAUGAAGUUGGGGCGCAGCGAGGAGUACGAGGAGACUGUGUUCCUGCAGGUGCAGAUCUCAGUCUCUCUGCGGCUAUGAGGUCAAACAGAGGACUGAGACAACUUCCCUGUGGCCCACCUUGCUGCGCUGGCCGUUGGUUACCCUAAAGCAGAAGAAGUCCUGGGUCUUUUUGGGACCUGUGAGCAGCCAAAUGAGCUGCACAGAGCUGGAGUUGGGUUGAGCUUUUCUAUAGCUGAGUUGUGAAGUGAUAUCAUGC